AUGCGCACAGACAGGAAGACGCUCAACAUUUUCAUGCUCGGAUUCGCGUUCAUGUUCCUGUUCACCGCAUUCCAGACGGCGAAGCUAAUCGAAAAAACGGUACUAGCAAGUGUGAAAGCUGAAUCGAAGGAUUUCGGUGGAGAUGCGUAUGUAAGUCUUGGGAUAGUGUACGCGUUUUUCGCGGUAUCGAAUUGGCUUGCUCCUUCUGUGGUGUCAAUUGUUACGCCGAAAUGGACUAUGGUGAUCGGAGCUGUGCCGUACUUGGUUUUUGUGGGCUCAUUUUUAUAUCCCAACGCUUGGUUGCUGUAUAUCUCGUCCGCUGUUCUUGGCAUGGGGGCGGCUUUGUUGUGGACUGGCCAAGGGAGUUUCUUGACUCUGAAUUCCGACGAAGAAACUCGCAUUCGGAAUUCCGGAAUUUUCUGGGCCAUGAACGAUGAAAAAUCACUGAAGGAGAAGAUGAAAAGGCCUGUGUUGCCUUCCUCGCGUUUCGUAGCGAUAUGGGUGCUCAUCAAUGCUCCGAGUAGCCACAAACCUCAGUCAGAAAAGAGUAGUUGGUACCCCCUACCAGUGUCGUGGAAAGGGUACCGUCAAGAGUCUCCUUCUCCUGCUCUGCAAGAAAAUGCGGGCAGUGAUGAAGAUUACGAGGCAGGCAAUGAUAUCGCCCCUCUUGUUGAUGAUCAAUCAACAAACAUCCCGGCUGAUCAUGGUUCACUGGAUAACCAUUCCAUCGAUCUAAAUGCCGCACUUGAACCGUCACGUAAACGACAACGGACGGAAGAUACUGCUGAAGAUGGGAGUGAAUUUGCAGAGCUUGAAGUGGACCUCUUGCCCAAAUCUAAGGGGCCAACUCUUUGCGAUAGCGUCCGCCGUCACCAAGAGCUGUUCUUCACAGAACCAUUCAUUUCCACUGCUCUGGCUCCCACAUUCCUAGAAGAUCUUGAAAAAUCAUUUCUUCAACCAAUCAAUUCGCUUGUUGGCAUUGUUCCAAGAACAAAUGCCCCAAUUUACAAAAAUUUGCCUAUAUAUCAUCAACAACUUGAUGCAAAUUACCAAAAGGCCCAGAAGGCAAUCGCAAUUACCCACCGUGCUUUAGUGCAAUUUCUGGGAGAGAUCAAAGCUGAUCCCGAGCAGCGGAAAAAGAUCUCUACAAUCAUCAAAUUGAAUUCCACCGCAUACUUGACAGUGGCUGACCAUAGACGAAAGGCCAUCAUGAGGGGCCUUAUACAACAACACCCCCCAAUGGCUGCCUCUCUAAAGGCAGGCCAAUUUACCUGCCAAGUUUAUGGCGAAAAAUUGGUUGACCUCUCUGACAAAGCCCUUCUGGAAACGGUCACUAAUGCAACCGUGCAAGAGGCAACGCUGCGUUCAGCUAUCAGAGCAGCCAAAGGCUUCAAUAAUAAGCCAAAUGCUAGAGGAGGCAUCCGCAAUAAUUUUACUCCUCGUGGGCGUUGGCUAACGGAGUCCCAGUCCAGCGUAGCGUUAGACUGGGACAUGUUAGCUUUAGCCAAGGUUGGUUCUGAAAUGCACUUGGGGUUGGGUGUUCGGUGGGACGUGGAAAGGAAUCUCCUGCCCAAAGCUUUGCUCUUUGGGAACACCUUGGUGACCUUCCAGUUUCGUGGGGCAACCGUGAUUGAAAAAGGAAUUCGCACCCGGGUUUUUCUGAUUCUAUUGGGAAUAGAAACCGUCGGCUUCAUUUUACUUUGCUUAUUGCGCCAACCACUAGCGAUCCCGGAACAAGCCCCAGGGCCCGAGGAAACAAAGCCUGAGAGUGAUGAAGGGAUCCCGGAAGAACAACAAGGAAAUACGGAGGAAGGAGAAACGAACCCAGAACGAAGAAGUGAAAUCGACGAAAGGAUCCCGGAAAAUAAACCAGAAAAGGAGAAGGGAGAAAUUGAAACGAGUCGGAAAAGAGGAGCUUUAUCUGCCUUUUUCUCGGCAGUUUCUUUGUUGGGGUCCGUGAAGAUGCUUUUGCUGUGUACGACAUUUGCGUAUACCGGGAUUCAUUUGACGUUUUACGGAGGUGUUUACAGUGCAGCGAUUGGGUUCACGGAAAAGUUUGGUUCGGAUCGUUACUUUUAUGUUGGCGUUUCCGGAAUAUUGAUCGGCUGUGGACAAAUAAGUGGAAGCUUACUGAGUUUGUUGAUGAGAAAACUCGGAGGAGGAGGUGGAGAAGGAAGUCCAGAAUUCGGAAGGACCCCCAUAGUAAUUUGUGCAGCUGCGUGUCACUUGUGCGCUUUCGUGCUGAUUUUCAUCAAUAUUCCGAAUCGAGCAGUUUUUGAAACCACGAGUGAUGAAGCAUUGAUUGAAAGCAGGAUUUGGUUGGCAUUGUUGUGUAGCUUCAUGUUGGGAAUCGGGGAUACGACUUAUCUCACGCAGUUAUACGCGACUGUGAGCACGUUGUUUGCUGAAAAGAGCGCCGAAAGCUUCGCAGUAGCCGUUUUCUUUCAGGCGGUGUGUGCAGCGACAGCGUUUUUCUACAGCAGUUACGUGCCUUUGCGCGGACAACUUGCCGUUUUGGGAACAAUGUGUAUCGUUGGCACAACUGCUUAUUCGAGGUUCUCCUCGCUCCGAACGCGACAGCUGAUUGUUGUGACUGUGUUCUGCGCCGCCUUUUUCUACGUCAUCCUGAAAAUCGUGUUAGCUUUAGACGACAUUGCCAAUGCCGGAAGUUCGCAUCCGGAAAUCGCAACCCCUCGUCUCCCGAAGCACCUGUUGUGCAUCUUGAUCCCUUUCCGGGACCGGUUCACGCAGUUGACGGUCUUUGUGCCGCACAUGAACAAGUUCCUGAGGGCUCAGAAAAUUCAGCAUCGCUUCGUCGUCAUCAACCAAAUUGACAAUUUCAGGUUCAACCGGGCCUUUUUGCUCAACGUUGGCUUCAGAGAAGCUCCGCCGAGUUGCACCUACUUUGCCCUGCACGACGUGGAUUUACUUCCGCUGAACCCGGACUUAUCUUACGGGUUCCCGGAACACGGGCCCUUCCACGUGGCGUCGCCCGAGUACCAUCCCAAGUACGAUUAUCCCACGUUUACUGGUGGGAUCCUGUUGCUGAAGCGGGAUCAUUACGCCGGGGUCAACGGGAUGAGCAAUAGGUACUGGGGCUGGGGUCUGGAGGAUGAUGAAUUCCGAGCCCGGUUGGUUGAGGCUGGGCUCGUCAUUGGCAAGACUGAGGGCCUGAAGACGCAUCGGAAUGACACCUUCAGGCAUAUUCAUACCGGGGCCCGCGAUUACGGAACCUGUUUCAAUCAGUACGAAGUGACCCGGAAACGCGACCGACAAACGGGACUGAACACCACCAAGUACGAAGUGCACUCCAGGCCGGAAGUGACGAUAGAUGGCAUCCCUGUCGCUGUUUUGAACAUUCUACUCAAGUGCAAUAAAACCGAGACUCCGUGGUGCGAGUGUGACAAGGAACACUACAGACUGAAACAUCCACGCAUCGAAGACCCUGACAGGAAAGACGUGAUUGUUCCGCUCUUGCCGCGGAAAAAGCAGAAAACUGGACUUUGAAAUGUUGUUUUCGUUUGUUUCCUCUUGGCCAGGUAUUUAUUUUGUUUCUUUGCCAAUUGUGCAAUUUGCAAGACAAAGACAUCCCAUAGACGGCGAAGAACCACCAAGAAUAUGGCGGAAAAGCGAGAAAACUUGAAUCGUUUCACGAAUCUUUUCGAAAUAACUUAUUUUGUGCUAAAUUGAUUGUUUUUGCCCGCCUCUAAACAAGGAGAUUUCAACUUUUCUCCAAACUGCGGGCAUAGAAUUAUGUUUAAGAUGGAAUUGAGAAGCCACAACGUUUUUCAUUGGCAUUUGGUGUAGAGAGGGAUCUCUUGAAACAUUCAUGACAAAAUGGGCGCUGUGAAAUAUGUUACUUUUCAUCUGCUUCAUGCUAACAUACUUCAUUUCAAGGUUAUUUUUGCUGUUGAAUACUCAGUGCUGGUACUUAGUAUUCAGGCUGUCUUUUUUUGCGAACGGCUGUUUCAGAGUUAUGUUUCUUGGAUGAUGUGGUUUUUUUAAAUCUACAUAUCAGAGUUUUUUAAAUCGGUAAAAAUUUCCGAAAUUUAUCUUACGUUACUUCGAUGAGAUAACAACCUUUUUGAAAAACAUAGUUGAAGUUGAUAAUUUUCAAAUGUUUUUCUUCAGUUUUUAGUAAAAAAAAAAAAGAUUUUUCACCAAAAUAAUGCAUUGUUUGAUGUGGGGAACUUGCGUCAUAUCCUAGAAAUUGAAAAAAUUGGGUAAAUAUGCUUCGAUGUGUGGCAUAAUUUUCAUUUCACGCAGAAUUUAAGAAGGGUUUUUUACUCGGAUUUGCUUUUUCGUGAAGAUGCUCUGCUCGUUAACGUGUAUUUGGUUAGUACAGUACAAUAUUAGUGCGCACAUUCGGAUGACCAGAAAACGUGUGACAAGUAUUGAAAAUAAUAUGUUAAUUGUCAUUGAAUGUAUUGAUCUGUUUAUGGAAUCAUGUGACGAGGCUUUGGGUAACUUUUGAGAAGCUUCCUUCGUUACGAUUUCUUUUUAGUGAUUAUGUGGUGGGUUUUCUUUUUUUUUUAAAUUGACGGAAGUAAAUUUAGUUUGCAAGUCUUUCAAGAAAUUUUGCUGAGCUUUACGUUAUGGAAGCUCAUCAAUGAUGACUGUGUAUUUUUUAUGUUUGCCUGGCUCUUCCAGAGACGAAAAUUCCUAUUUUUGCCGAGUUUGUUAUUCGUAAUAAAUGUUUUUGGGCGACGAUUACGUUGUUCACGAUGUCUUAGGACUUCUUUGGUCGGCAUUUCGCGUUUGUUGUCUAGUCGAAACAUUCAGGAUUUUGCUUUCAUUUUAUUCGCAUUUUUUUCCGGUCUGUUAUUUUUUGUUUCAAAUGCGGACUUCGAAAAAUGACCUGAAAAUAUUGUUUGAACGAAA